GCCGCCGCGUUGCUGGCCCUCUCAGUCGCGACGCGCUCGUCACGGGGUGCAGAUCGUACGCCGUUCGUCGCUUCGACACCCUUCGUCGCGCGCAGCACGCGCUUCUCACGCGGACUGUCGUCGCCGUACGUCGCGCGGCGUUUACCGCGUCCCGUAUUCGUAUCCGUAUUAUUUGUAACGCGCGAUCUCGUCGUGAAAACCGCUACGUUGCCGUCGUGAUCGUUGUCGUCGCGUUUCGAGGUGGUUGGUGGUGGGUGAUUUGAUGGUGAAAUCUGACUUCUCUCGGACAAAACGCGCCUCAAUGCGAUAGACAUUUCGGUGAGACUGAGAUAAGUGUGACAGUAGUUAGAAACUGUUAAGAAAAAAUAGAGAGAAAAAAUACAGCGAAAAGGAGAGCAAAGAUUAAUUGAGUGUGCCGCGUGGUGUAUUGAAGUAGGGACGUAAUUACCCCCUCCCCCCUUGUCGGGACUGUUCUGAUCCCUCGGGAAACUCCCCGUCGUGUAUGAUGCUUCGUAGGGGGAGACAAGGCGAACUCUAACUCUUUUGGGAGCGGUGGGAGUGGAUUGAGAGAGUACUCGAGUAUACGGUAUAUUCCGAGCCACGUUUUCGGAGCUAGGCUGAAACGAUGCUCGACCGCGACGUCCCAACGGGACGAUGACGUCCGCGUCGGUUCGCGUCUGACAGGUCCGCGCACGUUGCCACGAGGCGCGCGGAUAAGGCUCUCGUACUCUUCCCGCGUCACUUCGCGCGGACAUCUGGAGGUUUUGCGUGUGGCUGUGCAUGUGUGUGUUGCAGAUGCGGUCUCGUUGCUGAUCCGAUCAAGGUGAACGUUACCGAGAAGCAGAGGCGAGACGAGCCACGAGGAGGCGACUGGAGGAAGAGACGGAAAGACGAGGAAAAACGGUGGAGAAAGCGUAAAAGGAAAAACUCGCCUGGCGACGUAGAGGAAGCCGAAGGCGUUCCUCUUCGAGAGAGACAAGACAAGCAGAAGCUGCAUCACGUUCGAUCAUGACGCAACAAAGUGGAGCUGGGUCACCCCAGCAGUUCUGUCUGCGCUGGAACAAUUAUCAGACUAAUCUGACCAACGUCUUCGAUCAGCUUUUACAGAGCGAAAGUUUCGUGGACGUAACCCUGGCCUGUGACGGUCAUAGCGUCAAGGCCCAUAAGAUGGUCCUAUCGGCCUGUAGCCCGUACUUUCAGGCGCUCUUCUUCGACAACCCCUGCCAGCAUCCGAUAGUCAUCAUGAAGGACAUCAAGUGGCCGGAGCUCAAAGCCGCGGUCGAGUUCAUGUACAAGGGCGAGAUCAACGUCUCCCAGGAGCAGAUCGGGCCAUUGCUCAAGGUCGCGGAGAGUCUCAAGAUCCGCGGCCUCGCGGACGUCAACAGCGAACAGGAGUUGACGUCCAGGCCGACUCUGGAAGAAGUCGCGACCGCGGCGAUGCAGCGGAAGAAGCGUCGCCGGAUAUCUGGCGAUGGCUCACCAUCCGGUAACAGUCCGGAACGUGUCGGGUCCGGCAGCAUCGGCCCCGACGACGACGUGAUCGGUAGUAACAUCGUCGUGCCCGAGAUUCACAGCAUGGUGCCGUCGACGGCCAGCUCGACCCCGAGGUCUCUCGGCUCGCCCAGCACGCCCAGCAUCUCCGUCACGCCGCAGAUCAACCUGCAGGAACUUCCGGUCUCGCUACCCUUACCGCCACCCCCGCCGCCACCGCCGCAGGGACAGCAGAGCUCGCACCCCCUGCCGACCCACCACGUGCCCGGCCACGUGACUUCCGGUUCGCACGCGCCCGUCAACCACCUGGGCGCCCACAGCCAGCAGCUCAGCGUGCAACAGCAGCAGCAGCAGCAACAACAGCAACAACAGCAGCAGCAACAGCAACAUCAUCAACAGGGCGCCGGCAAUCAACCCGGCGCCGGCGACGACCUCGAGAUCAAACCCGGCAUCGCGGAGAUGAUUCGGGAGGAGGAAAGGGCCAAGUUGUUGGAGUCGUCCCACGCUUGGCUCGGCGCCUCCACCUCCAGUAUAGCAGCUGACUAUACGACCCUGCUGAAGCUGAAGGCGCCCACGUGGACGCGGCACGAUCUCCAGGAAGCGAUCGAGGCCGUGGUGACCCAGAAGAUGCGCUUCACCCAGGCAUCCACCAAGUACGGCAUCCCGAAGGGCACUCUCUACGACAACAUCCUCGGCAAGUCCAAGAGGAUGAUGAUUCUCGAAGAAACCGCCCUCGAUCCAAGCGAGGAAACAGCGGUGCUCGAAUUCUGCUGCGAUAUCAGCGUCAGUCCGUACAAUCGGCGCACGAAGAAGUCCCUGAAUGCGAUAUUGAACUUCGUCGAGCGUCUCAGGCGGAAGCACGAUCCCGGCUUUAUGUUCACCGGACUGUCGGGCUUCCGCUGGUGGUGGGCCUUUUGCAAGAAGCACUCGAUAGUCUCGCUCUACAUCAACGACGAGAACGAGAACGGUGCCGAUUCCUCUUAACGCCCGCCGGUCCACCAAAUGCCAAAAUUGAUCGCGGAGAAACAUAUGGUUUUGAAAAGCCUUCGUUGGAGAAUAAACGUAAUUUUUUAUAUGUUCCAGAUUUUGUGUGAC